AUGAUAAAAAGCGUUAGUAUUUCUAGGAUAAACUCCUCUUAGCAUAAUUCCAGUUUCAUAUCUGGGGCUGGAUCUUCUAUGCAAGGCUACGAACCCUCACUAAAAAGAUAGAUAUUUGAUAGAAUGGAUUUUGAUGAAGAGAACAUUUCUUUUGAAGAGGAAAUACCAGAGAUUGCUAUAGCUCCAAAAAUUGUUAACGGAGAAGGGAAUGAUGAUGUCUAGGAUAAGCAUGCUUCUGAUGGAGAAAAAUAAGAAUGA